AAACCACCGAUUGGCGUUCGGCGAUUUUUCUUGCAGUUUCGCUUCGUGGGAAGUUGGAAUCUUAGGCCGAUCCUAAGAGAAACUUAGCUGUUUUUGUCCGUAGUGAUGUCGAAUUCUGGGACUCGACGGAACGGGUCUAGCAUCAAAAUCAGACUGACAGUAUUAUGUGCCAAGAAUCUGGCUAAAAAGGACUUCUUCCGGUUGCCCGACCCUUUCGCUAAAGUAGUAGUGGAUGGAUCGGGACAGUGCCACUCCACGGACACAGUCAAGAGCACACUGGACCCCAAGUGGAACCAGCAUUACGACCUGUAUAUUGGGAAGACAGACUCCAUAACCAUCAGCAUAUGGAACCACAAGAAGAUCCACAAAAAGCAGGGAGCGGGCUUCCUGGGCUGUAUCCGACUCCUCUCCAACGCCAUCAGCAGACUGAAGGACACAGGCUACCAGCGGUUGGAUCUAUGCAAGCUGAACCCCACUGACAGCGAUACAGUACGCGGCCAAAUAGUAGUAAGCUUGCAGACGCGAGAUCGGAUAGGAAGUGGGGGGCCUGUGGUGGACUGCAGAGGACUGUUAGAAAGUGAAGGACCAGUGUAUGAAGACUCAGGACCGGGACGGCCCCUCAGCUGCUUCAUGGAGGAGCCCCUGCCCUACACCGACAGCACGGGGGCCUCGGGCGGGGGCAGUUGCCGCUCCCUGGAGUCACCCAAUCAGGAGCAGAGGCUCCAAGCACAGCGAAUCAGAAACCAGGACACCAGAGGUCACGCGCACACUCCUCAGAACCGACCCCACGGUCACCAGUCACCCGACCUCCCUGAGGGCUACGAACAAAGGACGACAGUCCAGGGCCAGGUCUAUUUCCUGCACACACAGACCGGCGUCAGCACAUGGCACGACCCAAGAAUACCACGGGGCCUCAACAGCGUGAGCUGUGAAGACCUGGGCCCUCUGCCCCCAGGCUGGGAGAUCAGGAGCACGGUGUCAGGGAGGAUUUACUUUGUGGACCACAAUAACAGGACGACGCAGUUCACCGACCCCAGGUUGCAUCACAUAAUGAGUCAGCAGUCUCAGGUAAAGGAGUCCAGCCAGGCCCUGCCGGUGCAGCCGGAGGUGCCGGUAGAGGAGGGGGGUGAGGGUGAGGUGCCGGUCCGCUACGAGAGGGACCUGGUCCAGAAACUCAAGCUGCUUCGGCACGAGCUCUCCCUGCAGCAGCCUCAAGCCGGACACUGCCGCAUCGAGGUGUCCCGUGAGGAGAUCUUUGAGGAGUCUUACAGACAGAUCAUGAAAAUGAGGCCAAAAGACCUUAAGAAGCGGCUCAUGGUCAAAUUCCGUGGAGAAGAGGGAUUAGACUAUGGUGGAGUUGCAAGGGAGUGGCUAUAUCUUCUCUGCCAUGAGAUGCUAAAUCCUUACUACGGCCUCUUCCAGUAUUCUACAGAUAACAUCUAUACUUUACAAAUAAAUCCAGACUCCUCCAUCAAUCCUGAUCAUCUUUCGUAUUUCCACUUUGUGGGGCGGAUCAUGGGUCUGGCCGUGUUCCACGGUCACUACAUCAACGGGGGCUUCACCCUGCCCUUCUAUAAACAGCUGUUGGGGAAGCCCAUCCAGCUGUCCGACCUGGAGACGGUCGACCCCGAGCUGCACAAGAGCCUGGUGUGGAUCCUAGAGAAUGACAUCACCCCUGUCCUGGAUCACACAUUUUGUGUAGAGCAUAACGCCUUUGGCAAAUUUCUCCAGCAUGAGCUCAAACCCAAUGGCAGGAACAUCCCAGUCACAGAAGACAACAAAAAAGAAUAUGUCAGGUUGUACGUGAACUGGAGGUUUAUGAGGGGAAUCGAGGCCCAGUUUUUAGCCCUGCAGAAAGGCUUUAAUGAAUUAAUCCCUCAGCAUCUGCUCAAGCCAUUCGAUCACAAGGAGCUAGAGCUGAUUAUCGGGGGCCUGGGGAAGAUCGAUCUGAACGACUGGAAGGCCAACACGCGGCUCAAGCACUGCGUGGCCGACAGCAACAUCGUCAAGUGGUUCUGGCAGGCGGUGGAGUCCUUCGACGAGGAGAGGAGGGGGCGGCUGCUGCAGUUCGUCACGGGGUCCACGCGGGUCCCCCUACAGGGGUUCAAAGCACUGCAAGGUUCUACAGGUUCUGCAGGACCAAGACUGUUCACUAUCCAUUUAAUAGAUGCCAACACAGAAAACCUCCCUAAAGCCCAUACUUGCUUUAACCGCAUCGACAUCCCGCCGUACGAGUCGUACGAGAAGCUGUACGAGAAGCUCCUGACGGCGGUGGAGGAGACUUGCGGCUUCGCCGUGGAGUGACGGUCCCGCCCGUGCCAACCGCCCGGUGACGAGCAGAAACUACACCCAGUGGGGAGGGGGAUGGGGAUACGGGGAGGGGCAGCCUGGAGCCUCCAGUGGAGUAGCAAAGAGAAGGCCGACGGCACAAGCCUGACCUGCCAGCUCCACCCCCCAGGGGUCACAACCUGAAAACACUUCCUAAGAGUUCUAAGAGUAUUUAUUCUUUUUGUGUGGUUUUAAGACUGCAU